CCGUUCAUUGAUGGAUAAACGGCGACGCCUAGUGGUCAAAUGCCAGCACUACAGCAUUUAAACACAUGUCCAAAUAGUGAAAGUGAAACUAGCUGCUCGUUUGUGUUUAUAGCAACACCGUUAUCAGUGUGGCUGGAAAAGACCGCGGUAGCCGUUACUGUUCGCUUUGAUGGUUGCUGGGCUUUAUGUUAGCAUCCACGAUGGAGAGCAGUAGGACGGUGAUCGUGUCCGGUGUUCCCAACGUGUUGUCCGCCAGCAGGAUGGUAGACAAGCUGACUAUUCACUUCCAAAGUGGCAGGAGGAGUGGUGGAGGGGAUGUGGAGGGGGUUACGUAUCCCACCAGCUUGGACGGAGUGGCGUUCGUCACUUUUGACAGAGCAGAAGAUGCAGAAAAGGUGCUGAAAAAGGAGCAACACAUCUUGAUGGAUGAUGAGUUCAAGGAAAACUACCUUUUAACUGUGUUUCCCUUCAGCAAAGAUGUGUUUCUGUACAUUCCUAGCGCUACAGUGGAUCUCUCUAUGUUUGGCAGCGAUCAGGCGUCACUGAUUGACAGCCUGCUGUCAGCUCACAGAUCAAUACGGUUUAAAUCUUUGCCCCAGGACAGAAAAGCCAUCAUUGAGGGCCCUUUUUCCGCUGUUAAAGCCCUGAGAGAGGACCUCAUCCAGAGGGCCAGCCGUCUACAACCCUCAGCCCAAAGCCCUGCCGUCAGACACAGCAGCAGGACAAAAACUAAGCAGGAACCAGCAUCACAGAAGAGCUCAGAUGAACCAAGAAAAGUCCAAAAACCAAAGAAUCAAAGGGUUUCCCCAGAGCAAAGAGUUUCUGAUGAGAGUUUGACUGGAGGGAGCUUUUCAGAUGAAAAUGAGAAAGAUCUGGACGCUCAAAGCGGGCGUGACAUAUCCACAAAACAUGGCCAAAAAAAGACUGUCAGACAGGUGGUAGGGAAGGAAGCCAUUGCAAGAGCUGUGUCUUCGCAAUCCAGCCAAUACCUGCACCCUGAAGAGGAGACAUCACCAAAGCAGCUAAGGGAUGACCAUUUUUUAGAAAAUCACAGCAGGUCUGGUAAGAUUUCAGCUGCCAAGGCCAGAGAGGAGGAGGAUUCAGGCUCACGCUUCGCCAACACCGAUUAUUGGAAGGAGCUAAGCAGCUACAAACCUAAGUUGAAUUAUUCAGUGGACACCGAAGGUCUACAUCCGAGGGAUUUGGAGGACAUUUGGGUCGACUUGUACACAUUCAAAUAUAUCCAAAACUUUCACGAGAAGGAGUUGGACAGAUGCUUCAAGGGUCUAUCGAUAAACAUGUCCAAGUGUGUUGCAGGAAGUGGCCUAAUGCAGCUGUCACUGACUGAGAAGCAUCCAACCAAGGCUGCCUUGAGGGUCCUUGAAGCCGCCUUGGAAGACCUUGAGACAUUGAUGGACUUUUGGCAAUCACAUCUGCGAGUUCACAAAAUCUUUACCAGCAAGGCAGAGAAACAGAAACUGACUCGGAUCUGCAAAGAAGCUGUCUCCCGGUUCAAUGACGUUCUUUGCAUUUUCGAGGAUUCUUGCAUUAAAAUUAUCGGCCCUUCAGAAAAUAGUUACCGUUUCUAUGAGACAGUAAAAGACAGGAUGGCUUCAAUGUCAAUUCCUUAAGGAAGUAUGUUUAAGAAAAAAUGUAAUUUUAUUUGUGAUCAGAGGAAGCAGUGAUUUAGACAUUAAAUCUUGCCAGUGUCAAAGAUCCUGGUGUUAAAUUACAAUCGCAUUGUUAUUAUUGUCUAAUGGGCUUGUAAUUAGAACACAAAUAAAUAAAUACUAUCCAUCAUAUAUCUCCAAGAUAACUCAGAAAUAGAUGCAUGUUUAAUCCUUUAAUUAAAUUAAAAUAAAAUAAAAAC